AUAAAGGAAUCGCCAUUUUCUGCAUGCUGUUGACGUACUACAUGUGGAUCAAAGCAGUGAAGACAGGCUCCAUUUAUUGGUCGUCCAUGUGCGCGCUGGCAUAUUUUUACAUGGUGUCCUCCUGGGGUGGUUACGUGUUUCUGAUUAACCUCAUUCCCCUCCACGUGCUGGUGUUGAUGCUUACCGGCCGUUUCUCUCAUCGCAUCUAUGUGGCGUACUGCACAGUCUACUGCCUAGGCACCAUCCUCUCCAUGCAGAUCUCUUUUGUUGGAUUCCAGCCUGUCCAGUCCUCUGAACACAUGGCUGCAUUCGGGGUGUUUGGCCUGUGUCAGAUUCACGCCUUUGUCGAUUACCUCCGGAGCAAACUGAACACGCAGCAGUUUGAAGUGUUGUUCAAGAGUGUCAUUUCGCUGGUCGGUAUCAUCCUGCUCUCUGCAGGUGCAGUGCUCAUGCUGACAGGUUAGAAGAG